AUGACCGACGACAAGCCGCUGAGCUUCACCAUGGCCGACCUCAAGACUCCAAAGCUGCGCCGGUGCACCUUUGACGUGGACACGAUUGACUGGAGACGGGCGAGACUCCUUGGCGCUGGCUUGGAUGGCGCUGUGUGGCGUGUUUUCUUUGGCGACAAGGGGCCGUACGCGCUGAAAUUGUUCUGGGAUGCUGGCGUGACCUACGACAUAUCCUGGUAUUGGGCUGCGCAGCGGGAGUGUCAAAAUGCAGCAUUGCUCCAGAUGCUGCGUGCAUCUCUUGACUGGGAAGGCCACGCAGGCAAGCGAGCCCAGGGAGCCCAAGGAAUCCAGGGAGUCCAGGCAGUACAGGGCAAACAGGGCGAACAGGCAGAAGAGGGCGACCAGGGCGAACAGGGAGAACAGGGCGACCAGAACAAGCAAGACAAACCCCCAGGCACUGUACUAGUGCAUGCGAACCCCCAAACUCAUGAAGACGCCUUGAGCAACUUGAUGGCCUUUUCCCUUGAAGCAAAGCAGCGCAACCAAACCAACGAAACCUCACAAAGCGUACCGCCGUCCCAGGUCCAGCAUCAAGUCCAGUCCCAAACCAGUGAGGUCAUCCGCUUGGGACGAGACUCGAUGCCGCGUUUUGCGCAGUUCCACGGCUGGCUGCGCGUCGAUGGAAUUGCCCUCGUUAGGCGCAUGCCUUUGGGUGUUUUUCCGGCGGUCCAGGUCGUCGACAAGCAUAAGCGUUAUGUGCAAGAUCUGCAGGAGUUGAAGGACUGGAAGGUCGAGGUUGGCCUGGCCGACGCGGCAGACGAGUUGGAGCUGCACUACGCCAUUGUGUACGAGUAUGUGGAAAGCGGAGGGAUGGACAAAGAGAGGGCGAGGGUGAGGCACAGCAAAACUUGGCAAGGACAACAACGAGCCAAGGCCAAAGCCGAGGCCGAGGCCAAAGAGGCGCUUGCGGUUGGUGUCGAGACGCGGAACCAACGGGCACAACGUGAGGCAUUGGCAGCUCGGCAAAAAGAACAAAAAGAGAAGCAACGACAAGAGCGACUAAAAGAGGACCAACAGCAAGAACACGACCGGGUUGCGGCCGUGGCGCGUUUCUUGCACUUGGCCGGAAUCUCCUUUUGUCCCCAGUCGCUGGCAUGCAACUGGAAAAAUGGCGUGCUCAUCGACCACUCGGACAUUAUCAGCCCGCGCAGCUACGGUUGGGCACAGAUGUGGUACAGGAUCAGAUCGGUAGAGAAACUGCUGGCGGAAUAG